AUGAAUCACCUUAUCAGAGAGGAAGAAUACUUGGAUGAGACCAAAGCUGGGAAGUGGACAACCACUUUGAAUGAGGCCACUUUGGACCCGUUUGAUCCAAUUGAGAGGAUUAAAAAAGGGUUUAUGCAAUUCAAGACCAACGAAUUCGACCCAGAUCCAAAAUAUUACAGUCAACUUGCAGAAGCCCAGGACCCCAAGUUUUUAGUGUUUGCAUGCUCAGACUCUCGAGUCUGCCCUUCUCAUAUCCUAAACUUUUGGCCAGGGGAAGCCUUCAUGUCCCGAAGCAUUGCUAAUUUGGUCCCUGAAUUUAACCAUGUUAGAUAUUGUGGAAUUGGUGCAAUCAUCGAAUAUGCACUCACGUCUCUUCAGGUGGAGAUUGUUCUGGUCAUAGGGCACAGUCAUUGUGGUGGACUUAAGGGUCUUAUGUCUGGUGAAACAACCUCUAAUGACUUCAUAAAUGACUGGGUCAAAAUUGGCUUACCGGCUAAGGCCAAGGUGAUAUCAGAGUCCGGCGAUUUAUCAUUUGACGACCAAUGCCAUAUUUAUGAAAAGGAGGCAGUGAAUUUGUCAUUGGUGAACCUAUUAACUUAUCCAUAUGUGAGAGAUGGAGUGGCUAACAAAACUCUACAAUUGAUGGGUGGACAUUACGACUUCGACAACGGAACUUUUAGCCUCUGGGGUCUUGACUUCGGCUUCAACUCGCCUCUGGAAAUUUGA